UCAUGGUUGUCCAGAAUGCAAGUGCUGAGUACAAGAGAAGGACUAAAUAUGUUCAGAAAAGUCUUAAUCCUGAGUGGAAUCAAACAGUAAUUUAUAAAAGUAUCUCCAUGGAACAGCUCAAGAAGAAAACACUGGAGGUGACAGUCUGGGAUUAUGAUAGAUUUUCUUCCAAUGAUUUUCUUGGUGAGGUAUUGAUUGAUUUAUCUAGCACAUCUCACCUCGAUAACACGCCUAGGUGGUAUCCUCUCAAAGAACAGACUGAAAGCAUUGAUCAUGGCAAGUCCCAUUCCAGUCAAAGCAGCCAGCAGUCCCCACAGCCAUCUGUCAUCAAAAGCAGAAGCCAUGGUAUCUUCCCUGACCCAUCCAAGGACAUGCAGCUUCCCACCACUGAGAAAUCCCAUAGCAAUCCCGGUAGCUCGAAAUCCUCAUCCGAAGGCCAUCUCUGCUCUCAUGGACCAUCUCGCAGUCAAAGCAAAACCAACGUCACUCAGACCCACCUGGAAGAUGCAAGGGCUGCUAUAGCCGCUGCCGAAGCCGUCGUGCAACAACUCCGCCUUCAACCAAUACCACAGCAGCACAUAAAAGCGGUCAGUCUAAUCAUGCCAGGAAGCAGCACAGACACAGCAUAGCAGGAGUCCUCCCCAUUCAAAGAACUCAGUCUGAUAAUCUGCCUCCACCAGCUAAUGGCAACCAAGACCAAAGCCAGCUAGCCCUCAGGAAGGUGAUGUCUGAUGGACCAGUCAAGCCAGAAGGAGGUGAGCAGAAAGGCGCUAUUCAAAGCACACAGCAAGAACAUCCCCCAAAUUUAAAGCCCUCAUCUUUUAAUUUUUAGAGAUUGUCUGAUAAAGUAUGUUUAUCCACUUUUUAAUGUGCUUUUGUGGGCAUGGCAUUUCAGGACUUCAUCAGCACUGUGUAAGUCCCAAGAUCAGUCCCAUAAUGUAUUGACUACAGUGAUUUGUAUUUUUCUAUGCACUGGGCAUCUUUUGACUUUUGUUGGGAAAUAGAUUAACAGUAUUCAUAUUGCAGAAUGGAACGCAUGCUACUGACCUAAUCUGUUCAAGCAUGACUAUAAAUAUGUUGCACUGUGAUAAAAGUUUAAACUGCUCACAAUUCGAGUUAGCAUACCAGUUGGAAUGUAGAUCAGUUUUUCAAGUGUAACUUUAAAAAAAAAUUCAGUGGAUUUUGGAAAUUCUUAGAGAAAGUAAAGGAAAAAAUUGUUAAUGCACUCAUUCACCUUUACAUGGUGAAAGUUCUUUCUUGAUCCUACAAACACGUUUUUUCCACUCACGUUUCUGUAGUUGUCAAGUGUAUCAGAUGUGUUGGCAUGUGAAUAUCCAAGUGCCUGUGUAAUAAAUAAAGUAUCUUUAUUUCAUU